AUGGCAGCAGAUAUCCUCCAAGAUGUCGCAUCGACCAUAACUCGUACGAUCUCUCAGCAUCGUAUGGUAGCGUCAUUUGAAGUUUCUGCAGCUGUGAUUGCCGUAUACGACACCCUCCUCAACCUUAACUUGGAGUGGUGCUUCGUCUGGUCUUCGCCCUGGACAGUGGUGAAAGUGAUGUAUCUAUUCCAGAGGUAUCUACCGUUUGUGGACAGCUUGGUGCUAUGGAUAUAUUUUCAAUUCUCGACAGAUCCCGGCUUUUGUACCUCCAUUACCAAGGCCAUUCUAUGGAUGGGAGUGGGUGGGGUACUCGUUGCGGAGAUCCUGAUGAGUUUACGGGUCUGGGCCGUCUGGAGACGCAACAAAUACAUUGCAGCUACCCUAGGAACACUAUACGUCGGCUGUUUUACUCUAGGCUGUGUCUACUUUAAGAAAUUUACGGACGGAAUCGUCUACGACAACCCACCAGUGGCAAUUCCAAACCGCGAGGGGUGUUAUCUUACCGGAGGCAACACUAUCCUCUACAAGGCGUGGAUUAUGGUCGUCGUUUACGACACAGCUACCUUCAUCUUGAUGAUGAUACCUGUUGUCAAAGCCUAUCGCACAGGCGGACGCGCUGGUUUGAUUAAAGUUGUUUAUCAAGACGGCAUCAAGUACUUUGCAGUCAUGUUCUUAUGUUCAAUGACCAACAUCAUCCUCAUCCUCGUAAACCCAAGCUUUGUAUACCUUUUCACCUCACUGGAGAGAGUGCUUCACUCUAUUAUUGCAAGUAGAGCCAUUCUCCACAUCCGAAACCAAUCAUCGAAACAAGGAAUAUUUAUUGCUACCGGAGAAGAAGUGCGAUUGGAAGCCCUCGACCUCAGUACGAUUCCAAACAACGAUUGA